AUGAGCGGGAGGAUCCUCUCCCACCGUCUUGUUCCGCUCAUGCGGACGGGCCUUUUAGCCCGACAUGUUCACAACGCCGGUGCGAGGACCGGUGGUCUUUUACGAGCUGAGAGCGGUGCUGCGCUGCGUGGUCGCGCCUGGCCUAUCGGGGCAAAUGGGAUUCAUAACAAUGUGACCGCUGUGCGGAACAUCUCCUUUGCUCGAAUGCUUCCCAAACUCGCGUUGAAACUCGUACGGGUGCCUGCUAUGUUCGGAGGAGCUAUGAUAGCUGGCCUUGCUUACUUUCAAUAUCAUGCAACGCAGGCGGGCAACUAUGCAAUGGAUGUACUGAAGCGUGCGGGGGAAACAGCGGGCGAUGCUGCGUCGGGAUUUUUCCAGGGACUGCAAGGGGUGGCCGAGCAAACACAACGAGGAUGGCAAAAGACUACGGAGGAUAUUGAGGCACCUGAAUGGUUACAGAAGCUAUUACGCGCCGACCAAGACUCGCAAGGCGGUGGAUCAUCUGGUGGUAGUGGUGGACAAUCACCGAAAGAAAGUCGAGCUGGAACGGCUGCGGCUGCAGGAGCUGUUGGGUCCGUCUUUGGGUAUGAGCAAUCGGAGGACGAUUCGGCGGCUCGGACUGAUGCAGAGAACGAUCAGAUGAUGGUGCUCACUCGGAAGAUGAUUGAGAUUCGAAAUAUCCUACAGACAGUCGGGCAAUCUGGCUCUUUGACCCUACCGUCAAUCGUGGUCAUUGGCUCGCAAUCAUCUGGUAAAAGCUCUGUUCUUGAGGCUAUCGUCGGGCACGAGUUCCUUCCAAAGGGCUCGAACAUGGUCACUCGACGUCCCAUCGAACUCACUCUAGUCAACACCCCCAACGCGCAAGCAGAAUUCGGAGAGUUUCCUGCCCUUGGGCUCGGCAAGAUAACAGACUUUUCACAGAUUCAACGGACGUUGACCGACCUCAAUCUUGCUGUCCCUGAAAGGGACUGUGUUUCAGACGAUCCUAUCCAGCUCACGAUUUAUUCGCCCAAUGUUCCCGAUCUUUCUCUUAUCGAUCUUCCCGGAUAUAUUCAGGUUGCCGGCCACGAUCAGCCACCUGAAUUGAAACAGAAGAUUGCCGAUUUGUGUGACAAGUAUAUUCAGCCACCGAACGUCAUUCUCGCAAUUUCCGCCGCAGACGUGGAUCUGGCCAACUCGACCGCCCUGCGGGCAAGUCGCAGGGUUGAUCCCAGGGGUGAAAGGACAAUCGGCGUCAUAACAAAGAUGGACCUGGUCGAUCCGGAACGUGGUCUAAGCAUACUGUCAGAUAAGAAAUACCCUCUACGGCUCGGAUACGUGGGUGUCGUUUCUCGUAUUCCGCAAACAAAUGCCCUCUUCUCGAGGGGAAGCGGGAACAUCACACGUGCGAUCCUGAGGAAUGAAAACGCCUACUUUUCAGCUCAUCCUGGUGAAUUUGGCCCGGAAGCAGGUGUUUCGGUGGGCGUCAAGACACUCCAGAAGAAGCUCAUGCAUGUUCUUGAACAAACGAUGGCGUCAAGCCUAGCAGGUACUAGGGAUGCCAUCAGUCAAGAGCUGGAAGAAGCAACUUACGAGUUCAAGGUGCAGUACAACGACCGGCCUCUGAGCGCAGAGUCAUACCUCGCUGAAAGUCUUGAUGGCUUCAAGCAUUCAUUCAAGGCGUUUGCGGAAAGUUUCGGUCGUCCUCAGGUUCGAGAAAUGCUAAAGGCUGAACUCGACCAGCGCGUCAUGGACAUUCUCGCCCAGAGGUAUUGGAACCGGCCCAUCGACGACCUAACACCACCAAUGGCCGAGCUGGACCCUCUCAGUGACCUUCCCAAGGCCGAUCCCGAAUCGCAAUUCUGGCAUCGUAAACUCGAUGCUUCCACAUCAUCCCUAACAAAGCUAGGCAUUGGCAGACUAGCCACGACAGUCGUGGCGAACGCGAUUCAGACACACGUCGAGCGUUUAAUAGCCAACUCUACUUUUGCCUCCCAUCCUUAUGCUCAAAAACAAAUUGGCGAUGCCUGCACCAGCAUCCUAAACGACCGCUUCUUUAGCACGAGCGACCAGGUCGAGAAUUGUAUCAAGCCCUAUAAAUUCGAGAUUGAAGUCGAGGACCCCGAAUGGGUCAAAGGACGGGAAAACAUCAGCAAGACUCUGAAAGAAGAACUAAAAGCCUGCGAAGCUGCACUCAAACGAGUUGAAGAUAAUGUUGGAAAGAGAAAGCUCCGCGAUGUAAUCUCCUUCAUUGAGAGGGUCAGAAAGGGAGAAGUCGUCCUUGAGGGAGACGGUUCUGGUGGUGCGGGAGGAUUCAGCUCUUCCCUCCUAGCCCUAGGCCGCGAGGGCGCCUUCCUCCGCGAUCGCGCCGACAUCAUCAAGAUGCGACUAAUGGCCGUGCGCUCGAAACAAUGCGCCUCCAAGAAGAACAAAUACUACUGCCCGGAAGUCUUCCUCGACGUCGUCGCCGACAAGCUCACCUCAACCGCAGUCCUCUUUCUCAACGUCGAGCUCCUCUCCGAAUUCUACUACAACUUCCCCCGCGAGCUCGACAUGCGUCUUGGCCGGCACCUCUCCGAUGCAGAGGUUGAGCGGUUCGCACGCGAAGACCCCCGCAUCCGGAGACAUCUUGAUGUCAUCAAGAAGAAGGAGCUUCUAGAGCUCGCUCUUCAAAAAAUCGAGAGUAUCAGGCAACUCGAUGGCCGCGGGAAACACCGGGAUCCCGAGCGUCCGUUGGGAGGCAAGGAGCAGAGGAGUCGUGGAUGGAAUCUCUUUUGA